AAAAUUGUUUUUGCCGACGAAGCGGAAGAAACAGCAACUGAAGGAGAAGCAGCAGUAGCAGUGGCUACAAAACAAAAUGCAGAGGAGCCAGAAGCUGAGGAGGAAAGUGCUGGGGCUAUGGGAGAAUGCGUCCCAACCAUCUUCGAUAACGACGUUCUGUUGUGUGAAAAUGGACUGUACAUCCCUGACCCAAGCUUCUGUUACUGCCUUGUUGAAGAGUAUUGCGUUGAGGUAACGUUUUGUUCGAGCGAAUAA